ACCCGACUCACUAGAACAGUGUUCUCAGGUCCCGUCCCAAGUUAUUACACCGCAGCCGGGGAGCCGUCCGACUACUACUACGUUACGCUUUGCAUAACAAUCCAAAAACGGGGGAAAGCCGUCUGCAAACGAGAAUCAGCCCCGACUGGGAAAGAGACGUGCAGGUCUCUGAACGUUAAUCAUGAACUAAGCAGGGAUUUGAAAACAGCCCUUUUUUCUCUCUAAAAAACAAAACAAAAAAAGUUUUAAAAGACGAUUAUAAAAACAAAAAGAGUGGAAACAUCGGCAGCACAAGCUCCGGGCAUCCCCGUUAUCAGCUGCCUGUACCGGCUAUCACUCCACUGGUCUUGUGUACACUGGCUCGGUUUCCUCUCCACCCACACCACCACCCCCCCUCUCGCCUUCACUUUUCAAAACCAGACAGCAGGGCUGCAGCGACAUCAUGAAGCUCCUCCUCCUGCUCCUCCCCUUCCUCGCUGGGGUCCUCGCACAGGGCUGCCCCAAAGACUGCAUGUGCAACACUCCCAGAAAAAUCUUCUGCAUCUACCGGAAAGCCGCACUGGUUCCCCAAGGGGUUCCGGACGACACAGUGAGCCUGUACCUCUUUGAGAACAAGAUCACCUCCCUGAGUACUGAGGACUUCGCCGGGCUGAGCAAGCUUGAGCUCCUGGAUCUCUCCCAAAACGCCAUCUCCCACCUCCCCAGCCAGGUCUUCCGCCCGCUGGAGUCUCUCCGCAACCUGGACCUGUCAUCCAACCACAUCGAGAAGAUCACCAACGAGAGCUUCUCGGGGCUUCACUGGCUUGAGCGCCUGUACCUGCACGGAAACCGCAUCUCCACCAUCCACCCCGCUGCCUUCGACGACCUGGACCACCUCCUGGAACUCAAGCUCCAGAAGAACAGCCUCCAUGUGCUGCCAGCCCUCCAUGCUCCCAAGCUUCUCCUCCUGGACAUCAGCUUCAACCAGAUCCCCUCGCUGAGCGCACGGGACCUCCACACAGCCAACCUGGAGACCCUAAAGCUGGCUGGCCUGGGGCUCAGCUCCUUGGAUGGGGAGGUGUUUGAAAACCUUGGGAAUCUCCAUGAGCUGGACCUCUCGGACAACCAGCUGACCGAUUUCCCCAUCGCCCUCAAAGCUUUGAGGGGGCUGACCAAGCUCAGCCUGGCGGGCAACUCCCAGGUAGCCCAGCUGAGAAAUGAAGACUUCAACAACCUGGCCAACCUCCAGGAGCUGGACGUGAGCAACCUGAACUUGCAGGGCUUGCCCGAAGGCUUCCUGAAGCUCUUUCCCAGGCUGCAGACACUCACUGCGGCAGAGAACCCCUUCAACUGCAUCUGCCCGCUGGCCUGGUUUCCCCCAUGGGUGCGCAAUAGCCAAGUGCAGCUGCUGAGGACCGAAGAAACCAGAUGUCACUUCCCCCCUCUCAACGCUGGCAAGGUCCUUGAAAGGCUGGAGCACCAAGAUUUUGGAUGUCCUACCACAACCACUGUAAUAACUACCAGGGUCAGCACGAGCACCUCUAAGCCGGGGUCGACCACUGAUAUCUCCCUAACCCUAGCACCUAGCCAGCCCUCCACUCAACCACCCCCAGCCAAGGAAGAAAGCACCCCAGCUCCAGUCUCUCCAGCGCCCAACAGCAAAACCAGCCCCAAGGUGAUGCACAUCUGCCCAUCCAACAUCUGCCUGAAUGGGGGAACCUGCCAGCUGGAUAACCUGGGGGAGCUGGAGUGCGCCUGCUCCAAAGGGUUCUGGGGACCCUACUGCGAAAACGCUGAGGGGACUCCCGAGGCGAUAUCCACGCCAACUGUAGCGAUGGAGUCCGCCAUCAACGCCAGGCAGGUCACAAGCACGUCAAUAGCGGUCGACCUCCACCGCUACAUCCAAGCCAGACAGCACCUGAAAGGGAUUCGCCUCAGCUACAGGAACCUCUCGGGUCCAGACAAACGGCCGAUGCACCUAAACCUGCCGGCGUCCUACCCAGAGUACACAGUGCGCGGGCUCCGGCCCAACUCCACCUACUACAUCUGCGCCAGCCCUAUGGGGGAGCCAGAGCAACAGGAUAGCUGCUGCGUCGAGGCCCAGACCUCCAGCCAGGAGCACCAUUCCCCCAUCACCCAGUCCUAUGACAGGCAUCUGACCACCAUGGUGGUGCCAUCAGUGGCUGCCGUGCUGCUGGUGAUGGUGGUGGCGGCCGUGGGAGUCUACUACCUCCGCAGGAGACGUGCUAAAGGUCACCCAGACUUGGGGGCUGACCCUUGCCCCUUGGAACUCGAGGGGGUCAAGUCGUGUUUGGAGAACGGGACUCUACCCCCAAAGGGACCGGAGAUAGUGCAAUCCCAAAACGGGCUGGAGUGCGAGGUGCCGCUAAUGCACAGGCACUGCCCCGGCAAUAACAACGUGCCGGCCAACAUGAAAAACUCUUACUUCUGAGACCCUCUUAGAGAAAGCCUCCUUAGAGAGACUGAGAAGAAGGCUUGCCCCUCCCCUCCUUCCAUUAGAGAGGGAUUGGAGGGUUUCCAGAUGCUGGCUUCUGGAGUUGCUGAACGCUUGGGGGGGAAAAAAAAGUGAUGUGCAAUAAUCUGUGAGGAUUUUUUUUAAUGAC